CAGUUUUUGGAUUUGGCGCCAAUAUCUCAGCGCUGGUGAAAUUUACGGCUCUCGCGUUGUUCCACCCGGUAUCACGUGAGAGCGGCGCUGGCCCGGGGAAGCUCGAGCAGGGAAUGUGGCGGCUACAAUGUAGCGAGCGGGGCACGGGCUCAGGUUCGAUGGCUCGAUGAGUGACAGCGCCGAGCCGCCGCUCCGCACAGCCGCAGGCAGCAACGCCAACCCAGCCGCCUUUGCCGUCAGCAGCCGUCCCGUCCCUCCCGCGGUAGAGCUGCAAGCGGAGGGCGGCGAGCACCUCGCAGCCCUUGUAAAAUGUGACAGGAUGACACAGGAGAAAAAAAGAACAAGCCGCACCGUCACGCUGGCUAAAAAGAUUAUCAUGAGAGAUCCAUCUGCACAACAAGGAAUUGGUCGACCUAGUGUUUAUCAUGCAGUAGUCGUCAUCUUUUUAGAAUUCUUUGCCUGGGGACUGUUAACUACUCCAAUGCUAACCGUUUUGCAUGAAACCUUUCCUAAACAUACAUUUUUAAUGAAUGGCCUUAUUCAGGGUGUAAAGGGUUUUUUAUCAUUUAUGAGUGCUCCAUUAAUAGGUGCUUUGUCGGAUGUGUGGGGAAGAAGAUCAUUUCUUUUACUAACGGUGUUCUUCACUUGUGUCCCAAUUCCAUUAAUGAGGAUAAGUCCAUGGUGGUAUUUUGCUGUUAUUUCAGUGUCUGGAAUUUUUGCAGUCACCUUUUCAGUGAUAUUCGCAUACGUAGCUGAUAUUACGCAAGAACACGAGAGGAGUACAGCAUAUGGACUAGUAUCAGCAACCUUUGCAGCAAGCUUGGUAAUUAGUCCUGCCAUUGGUGCUUAUCUUUCUAGUAAAUAUGGAGAUAAUCUUGUGGUACUUGUAGCCACUGUGAUUGCAGCAUUGGACAUCUGUUUUAUCUUAGUGGCUGUGCCUGAAUCUCUCCCUGAAAAGGUUCGACCAGCUUCACGGGGAUCACCUUUCUCAUGGGAGCAAGCAGACCCUUUCUCAUCCUUGAGGAAGGUUGGGAAGGACACCACUGUGCUGCUAAUCUGUAUAACUGUGUUUCUCUCGUACCUGCCCGAAGCUGGACAAUACUCUAGCUUUUUCCUUUAUCUUAAACAGGUUAUUGAUUUUUCUGCUGGGAAUCUUGCAGCCUUUAUAGCUGUGGUAGGAAUCCUCUCUAUAAUAGCACAAACUGUAUUUCUUAGUAUCCUAAUGAGGUCUAUUGGUAAUAAGAACACUGUUCUUCUUGGCCUUGGAUUUCAAAUGUUGCAGCUGGCUUGGUAUGGCUUUGGAUCCCAGCCCUGGAUGAUGUGGGCAGCAGGAGCUGUAGCAGCAAUGUCCAGUAUUACUUUUCCAGCAGUCAGUGCUCUGGUUUCAACAAAUGCAGAUUCCGAUCAGCAAGGUGUUGUGCAAGGAAUGAUCACAGGAAUCAGAGGAUUGUGCAAUGGCCUUGGACCUGCUCUGUAUGGGUUUAUUUUCUACCUGUUCCACGUGGAGCUGGAUGCAAUCUCUGACAAAACAGUUAAUGUGCAAAAUUCCAAAAUAGAGGAUUCCAUUAUCCCUGGACCACCUUUCUUGUUUGGAGCCAUUACAGUCCUUGUAGCUUUUUUGGUUGCCUUAUUUAUCCCUGAGCAUGGCAUGUCUAGUAAAGCCAAUAAUGUAAGGAAACAUAGCAGCAGUCUUGGCAACGUUCCCACCACUCCCCCCAUUGGCAGUGACGAGGACAAUGAGCCACUGCUGCAGGACAGUAGUGUAUGAAGACACCAGAUUUAUUGGCUUUGGAGGAAAAUAACAGAUCUAAACAAAGAACAAUGUGUUGAAUGCGACUGGAUCUACUGGACAUUGAAAGAACAAAGGGAGCCAUUUUGAAGAAGACUUUAAGAUCCAUGAAAGUGGAUGUACCAGGAUUUUUUUAUUGCAAGCUACUUGAACAUGUGUUUCCAGCACUGCCAGUUCUUCAAGUUCUUGUUCGAAGUGUCAUCCUGAUGGUGGAAAUUCCAGUUUAGUCGGGUAAUCAAUGCUCAGAUAGUUUUGGAGCAACAUGCAUUCAGAUUCGUAUCUCAGGGUUGUAUCUUGUGCAUCAGUGGAAAGGGACAAUAUUUUGUACAUGUUAAUGUGAUCAAUUUAUUACCCCAUAAUAAUGAACUCUUUCUUGAUUAGAUUUCAGUUUUGUUACAUUGGUCUGCAGGUAAUAUGGACCGUUACCCCUUAACAAAAAACAAUCCACUGUAAUGAAGAUUGCUUUCAUUUCACAUCACGUUUGUUUGUGUUGAGUCCCUCUUCUCCACAAAAUGGAGCUGAGGCAAAAAGAAGGGAUCUGAAUAGUAACGUAUACUUUGAUCUUUGAAGACGGCUAUGCAAAUCAUAAGUUCAGUUAACUUGGCAAAACUUAGAAGAAUGCAGUCUUUGAAACUGCAGCCCUAACAUCCCUCAACCUUCUUACAAAUUUGAGCAAAAUACAUUGUGGGAAUGUGAAGCUCAUUAUUUUGGCUACUGUUUGCUGACGAAGAGAGCUAUAAAUUCUUGUGUUAAUAUGCCUGGCAAUUAAACUGUUCAUAAUUAAAGAAAAUCUAUUUUCUUUUAAAACUUAUAUGGAUGGUUAAAUGAGCAUUUUAAGGCUUGUGCAAAUCCCAUGGGUCUUUGUGAGAAGGCUGUGGCUUGAAGAAUCCAAUUUAUUGUUUUUAUUUUCAGGUACAAAUAAAAUUUGACCUGUGAAAGUAACUACAGUUUUGUAAAGAACAAUAUGAAUGCAUUAUCUAAUCAUACUAUUUUUUGACAUAAAUUUUAUAUUUAACAUUAAAAACAAAGUAUAAUGGGGAAUUUAGAGAAACCUUUCGUACUUGUGAAAAGCUGCCUAUUAUUUAAAGUCCAAAUGGUUUUACUAAAACUGAAGAAAGUUGUCCAGUUCGGCGGAAUAACGAUGUCUUUGUUCUUUCCUUGCACUUGGCCUCAGCUGCUAACUGUGCACAGCCUCAAACACGUUAAUCUGCUACCUCAGCUUCAGCCUAUAUGCAGCUUCAUAGGCCUGCUAGUGUUAAUUUUCAUUUCUUUGCUCAUGUGUGCUUUAGGGCACUAGCCUAUUUGGAUGAUACUCAGUUUGAACUUUUGUUUGAGAGGUUCUCUUGGCACGUACAAAAACUAUUUUCCUGAUGUUUAUGAAACUUGUGUAUUCUGUUUGAAAGAUGCACGCUUCUGAUGAAGAAUUAUUGAUCCAAAUGUACAUGAAUAAACUGACAUAUGAAAUUGUUCCAUUA